AUGGACUGCAACAGAGAUGAGGCUUUGAGAGCCAAAGAAAUUGCCGAGAGGAAAUUUCUCGCCAAGGACAUCAAGGGGGCUAGAAAAUUCGCUCUCAAGGCCCAAAAGAUAUAUCCCGAACUUGAUGGAAUAUCUCAAAUGUUGUUGACCCUCAAUGUAUACAUCUCUGCUGAAGACGAGAAACUGCAUGGGGAAUCUAAUUGGUACGGCGUGCUCGGCGUAACCCCUGUGGCCGAUGACGAGACCAUAAGAAAACAGUACAGAAAAUUAGCCCUUUUGCUUCAUCCAGAUAAAAACCGGUCCAUCGGUGCUGAAGGGGCAUUUCAAAUCGUCUCUCAAGCGUGGAGUCUUCUUUCGGACAAGCACAAGAAAGCAGCAUAUGACCAAAGGUGCCGAGCUGCUUAUCAGUACCAGCAGCAGCAGACUGAUCAGACCACAAGAGACGGGUUUUACAACUUUGCAAACAGCUCGGAUUCACAAAUGCGAGCUUCAAAUGGUAAUAAGAACAAUUACAACAAUAAUAAUGUCGGUAAAAAUAAUUCGUCAUCCGUUCCCAACCCAACUCGUAAAAAGGAACGCCGCACUUUCUGGACAGUUUGCCACCGGUGCAAGAUGCAGUAUGAGUAUCUCAGAAUGUAUCUGAACCACAACCUUCUCUGCCCGAAUUGUCAUGAGGCCUACUUUGCGGUCGAAAUUGAUCCUCCAUCUACCAAGAUCUCAAAGGCACCAUCCUUGCACGCGGGCAGUUCUCAACAGUCGAACCCCAAUACUUUCCAGUGGGUUCCUUUCUCUGAGUCAACGGAUCCCAAAGCUGCUACCCAGGCUGCAAGUAUGGUCAGACAGGCUUAUGAGAAAGUCAAACGGGAUAGACAUAAAACACAGGCUGCCGCAAGGAAAGAAGAGGCGUUAAGGAGGAAAAACCAUGUGUCGUCCAAAAGACCUGCGGAGGUCUCCUUUGUGCAUUCUGAUUUUGCCAAGAAAAGGAAAGGGGUCGAUGAUUGUGGUUCGAGCAAAGUGGAAAAUAUGAAGCGAGUCAACUCUGAAGGCAAAAUGCUUUCCCAAGCGAACUUUUCGCGCUUUAAAAGGGAGAACCUCCAAAAAUGCACGAACAAGCGUGAUCGCAUGUGCCGUGUGAACAUUAAAUGCUUGCUUAUGGAGAAAGCUCACGAGCAAAUAUGUGAGAAACUGAACGAAUGCAUUCCGACUACAGUGGUGUCAAAGGUGGCUGGUGUGGAUGUUGGUGGAACUUGUGGAGAAGAUAAAACUGCAAAUGCUAAGGACAAUAACUGUUCGGCACAUGGUUCCAUAUGCAACCCUAUCGUGCUAUGUGAAUCAGAGGAGAGUCAACUUCCACCGAGAGAUCUCGCGUUUGUAAAGGCUGCUUAUCAGGGCAGUGAACUGGUUGAGAAAAUGUCGGUAGAUGUUUUGGACCCUGAUUUUUAUGAUUUUGACAAAGGCAGAACAGAAAAGUGUUUUCUUGACAACCAAGUAUGGGCGGUGUAUGAUGAUCUUGACGGGAUGCCUCGACACUACGCGAUGAUUCAAAGCGUGAUCUCUGUAAAUCCAUUCAUGGUGAAAAUGAGUUGGCUAAGGUCCGUAACCCACAACAAGCUGGGCCAUGUGAAUUGGUUCUCAAAUGGAUUUUCCAUGACAUGUGGGGAAUUCAAAGUAGGCAGAGCUGAAAAUUGUGACUCGGUGGAUUGUUUCUCGCAUGUUGUUAGAUGGACGAAACAAUGUUCGAAGACCGUUCAAAUAUUUCCUCGGAAAGGGGAUGUCUGGGCUUUAUAUAGGAAUUGGUCAGCUGAGUGGAAUGAGCUCACUGAGUGUGAAGUAAUAUACAAAUAUGAUAUGGUUGAAGUACUUGAAGACUGUGACGAGGAGUUUGGAGUAAUUGUCAUUCCGCUCGUGAAAGUUGCUGGUUUCAAAGCCGUUUUUCAUCAGAGUCUUGAUCCAAAUGAAAUAAGAAGAAUUCCUAAACAAGAAAUGGCCCGGUUCUCUCAUCAGGUGCCUUGCCAUUCGCUCACUGGGAAAGAAGGAUCAAAGUCACUUAGAGGUUGUCUUGAAUUGGAUCCCGCAGCUAUUCCUUCAGAUUUUCUUAAAGUCUUGUCUAAAAUAGAAGAAAUUGAGCUUGUGGAGAGUGGUGAUGAGCAGCUUGAGUUUGUGGAGGCAGCUGUUUUUGAUGGAAAUGCUAUUCCAAAUACAGUGGAAAGAAUUUCUUGA